UACCCAGCCUAUCGUCAAACUUUCCGGGUGCCAGCCCGUCUCUGAGUCGCAUUUCUGAGCGAGUGUCCCAGGGACGGAGCACCCAGGCUGCCUGCCGACAAUCUGUUUCUCUCGGGAUCCGCGAAGAGUACUUUCCCUGGAACCGGAGCCCUAACCGUCCCUCCCCACCCUAUCUGGCGAAGAGCUGAGCGCUGCCUGCGGAGGCAGCGCCUUCCCGAAACAGUUUAUCUUUGGACGAAUUUAAGAGAAAAAGAAACCAACAGGUUGCCAGCCGCGGCGCCACACACAAGUCGGCGGAAAGGCCGGCCCGGUUUCCCCUGGCUGCGUGGGCCCCGCGCGGGCUGCGGCAGGCAAAGCGAGGGGAGGGAGGGGGCUAUGGCUCGGCCUGACCCGUCCGCACCGCCCUCGCUGCUGCUGCUGCUCCUGGCGCAGCUGGCCGGCCGGGCGGCUGCUGCCUCCAAGGCCCCCGUGUGCCAGGAAAUCACAGUGCCCAUGUGCCGCGGCAUCGGCUACAACCUGACGCACAUGCCCAACCAGUUCAACCACGACACGCAGGACGAGGCUGGGCUGGAGGUGCACCAGUUCUGGCCGCUGGUGGAGAUCCACUGCUCGCCGGACCUGCGCUUCUUCCUGUGCUCCAUGUAUACGCCCAUCUGCCUGCCGGACUACCACAAGCCGCUGCCGCCCUGCCGCUCGGUGUGCGAGCGCGCCAAGGCCGGCUGCUCGCCGCUCAUGCGGCAGUACGGCUUUGCCUGGCCGGAGCGCAUGAGCUGCGACCGCCUCCCGGUGCUGGGCCGCGACGCCGAGGUCCUGUGCAUGGAUUACAACCGCAGCGAGGCCACCACGGCGCCCCCCAGGCCCUUCCCGGCCAAACCCACCCUCCCGGGCCCACCUGGGGCCCCGGCCUCCGGGGGCGAGUGCGCCGCCGGGGGCCCAUCGGUGUGCAAGUGCCGCGAGCCCUUCGUGCCCAUCCUGAAGGAGUCGCACCCGCUCUACAACAAGGUGCGCACGGGCCAGGUGCCCAACUGCGCGGUGCCCUGCUACCAGCCCUCCUUCAGCCCGGACGAGCGCACGUUCGCCACCUUCUGGAUUGGCCUGUGGUCUGUGCUGUGCUUCAUCUCCACCUCCACCACGGUGGCCACCUUCCUGAUAGACAUGGAACGCUUCCGCUACCCUGAGCGCCCCAUCAUCUUCCUGUCCGCCUGCUACUUGUGCGUGUCGCUGGGCUUCUUGGUGCGCCUGGUGGUGGGCCAUGCCAGCGUCGCCUGCAGCCGCGAGCACAGCCACAUUCACUACGAGACGACAGGCCCUGCGCUGUGCACUGUCGUCUUCCUGCUGGUCUACUUCUUCGGGAUGGCCAGCUCCAUCUGGUGGGUCAUCCUGUCGCUCACCUGGUUCUUGGCAGCUGGAAUGAAGUGGGGCAACGAGGCCAUCGCGGGCUAUGCACAGUACUUCCACCUGGCCGCGUGGCUCAUCCCCAGCGUCAAGUCCAUCACAGCGCUGGCACUGAGCUCCGUGGACGGGGACCCGGUGGCCGGCAUCUGCUACGUGGGCAACCAGAACCUGAACUCGCUCCGCGGCUUCGUGCUGGGCCCCCUGGUGCUCUACCUGCUGGUGGGCACCCUCUUCCUCCUGGCGGGUUUUGUGUCGCUCUUCCGCAUCCGUAGCGUCAUCAAGCAGGGCGGCACCAAGACGGACAAGCUGGAGAAGCUGAUGAUCCGCAUCGGUAUCUUCACGCUGCUCUAUACGGUGCCGGCCAGCAUCGUGGUGGCCUGCUACCUGUACGAGCAGCACUAUCGCGAGAGCUGGGAGGCUGCGCUCACCUGCGCGUGCCCAGGCCCUGACGCCGGCCAGCCGCGCGCUAAGCCCGAGUACUGGGUGCUCAUGCUCAAGUACUUCAUGUGCCUCGUGGUGGGCAUCACGUCGGGCGUCUGGAUUUGGUCCGGCAAGACUGUGGAGUCGUGGCGGCGCUUCACGAGUCGCUGCUGCUGCCGCCCGCGGCGGGGCCACAAGAGCGGCGGCGCGACGGCCGCCGGGGACUAUGAGGCGAGCGCAGCGCUCACGGGCAGGACCGGGCCGCCGGGACCCCCCCCAGCCGCCGCCGCGGCCGCCGCCUACCACAAGCAGGUGUCCCUGUCUCACGUGUAGGAGGCCGAGGCCCACAAGGGCCGGGAGUUGGGGGGUGGGGUGGGGGGUGUUUUGUUUGGUAGCUUUGCCAAGUUCACUUCCGUUUACCUUCAUGGUGCUGAUGCCCCCUCCUGGGGCAACCUGGAGAGAGGGGAAAGGGGCCCUUUCAAGGGAGCACCUGUCCCAGGACUUCUCAAAGGGGCUCAGCUCACGUGUAUUCUAUUUUGCGUUUCUUACUACCUUUUUUUUUUUUUAGGGGAACCCUGUUUUUAAUUUAUAUGUAGUUUUCUUAAUUUUAAACUUUGUUGCAUUUUGGCAACAAAAUUUACCUUUGCUUUGGGGGCUUUACAAUCCUAAGGUUGGCAUUAUAAUGAAGUUCCGCUUGGUUCAGGUUUCUUUGAACUGUGUGGUCUAAAUUGGGAAAAUAUAUUUCCUAUACUUGUGUCUUUAAAAAAAAAUGUGAACAGUGAAAGUUUAGGUUUCUAUGACUGGGAAGUGGUUGGGUGUGCUUUCUCAGCUUGUUUUCUCCUUUCAUUGCUUAAAGUGUCCAAGAUGCUUUAAGGUGAGCUGCUUGUCUCUGUUUAUAGUCCCUAAGUUAGGGGAAACCCCAAUUCAUGCCAAGGAGGGGGAGCAUAAUGUGGUGAGGGCCUCCCCAAUGUGACAAGGUUAGAGAGUGUUUAACGAUUUUGUGUGCUAUCCUAGCUUUGUUUAUUUAUCGAGCUUCGGUUUCUUUUCUGUAGUGCUUGUAAUCAUUCUUAUUCUUAACAGCACCCAGUGUUGUCUUGAAUAAGUUAGAGGUGGCCUUAUAGAGUGCCGGUAUAAAUAUUUGGAAAAGUGAAAACCUAAGGGAUGGUGAUUGGUUGAGUUCUAGACUGGUAAAAUGGCAGCUUUGUGCCCCAGAAGGAGUGGGUGGUUCUUAAUAGGCUUCAGUGAUCCCAAUUUUUUAAAAAGAAUUUGUGUUCUGAUUUUGGUAAAAGUAAACCCCCACUCCCUUCUUCUGGAAGUACUUAGAGAUAGCUGUUAAAGGGGC